ACUUAUUUCACGUUGUUGCAUUUGCAAGAUCCUGAAGAGGUGGAGGACUUUAACAUCAUAAAUGCAUAUCAAUGUCAUUUAUCACGUAUUUAUUUAGACGACAAUUCGGAGCACAGAUACUUGUUAGUAUUCUGAAUAAUUAUAUGGAAGGACAGGGAGUAUUGCACGCGUGGUUGGGACUAAAUUUACAGUGACUCUAAACACCUUCCAUGCUGCGUACAACUUAGAAAAUCUCAUAUAGCUAGACUGAACAAGUGGAGAGGAGAAUUAAAAAUCAUGAAAGUUCAAAGUCCAGUUUUAGAUGGGCUUAUGACUCCGGAAAUGAAGAAGUUGACUGAUAUAUUUGAGAAAUACAAUUUUGAGUUGCGUAUAGCUGGAGGGGCUGUCCGAGAUGUCCUUAUGGACAAAACUCCUCAUGAUAUUGACUUUGCCACAACUGCCACUCCCACACAAAUGAAAGAAAUGUUCACAACCGAGGGUAUCCGAAUGAUUAACAUGAAUGGAGAGAAGCAUGGCACCAUCACAGCAAGAAUAGAUGACAAGGAGAAUUUUGAAGUGACAACAUUGAGAAUUGAUGUCAUAACAGAUGGUAGGAGGGCACAAGUUGCUUUCACCACAGACUGGAAGAUUGAUGCCAACAGAAGGGAUCUCACAAUUAAUGCCAUGUUUCUAGAUUUUCAGUGGAAUUUGUAUGACUACUUCAGUGGGAGACAGGACUUGGAGGACAGGAGAAUCCGGUUUGUGGGGGACCCCACUGAAAGGAUCCAGGAGGAUUACCUUAGAAUCAUGAGAUACUUCAGAUUUUUUGGAAGAAUAGCUGACUCAAACAGUGUACAUGAAGAAUCGGCCCUAGAGGCCAUUAGGCAGAAUGCACAUGGAUUAAAAAAUAUUUCUGGUGAGCGUCUCUGGAUGGAGUUAUCUAAAAUCCUGAUGGGGAAUUUUGCCACCAGUCUGAUGAGGACAAUGGUGUCUUGUGGUGUGCACACCUACCUAGGUUUACCAGAGUGCUGUAACUUGGAUGAGUUUGAGAGAGUUUGUGAAGCAACAGAAGUGACCAGGUGCCAAGUAAUGACUAGACUAGUGGCUUUACUGUCUACUGAUGACCAGCUAUAUGAUUUGGACAACAGAAUCAAGCUCUCCAAUGAAGAGUUUUCUGCUGGAGUUUUCAUAGUUCAUAAUCGAGACAAACAAGAGGGAGACGGUAAGCUGAAGUUUUAUCAGUAUCUGUUAGUCGACACUCCGGGUAAACAGACAAAAACAAUGGAACAUAUAUGUGAUCUUUUGAAGUAUAAAAAUGAACCAGAUUUGCUCGAGGAGUUCAGCAAAUGGACUCCACCUGCUUUGCCAGCAACAGGAAGUGAUUUAAUAGAUAUGAACAUACCCAGAGGACCAUUAUUUAAACUGACAUUAGAUGAGGUGAGACAGGUUUGGAAAUAUAGUGACUUCACUCUAACAAAAGAGGAACUCUUGGAAAAGAUUCCUGAAAUUUUUGAGAAAGUGAAAGCAACGCCACGAAAAAAGAGCCCAAAGCCGAAACGGAAAAGGAGAGAUUGAAAUAUGCAGUGCUAGUUUAAGAGUUAUCUUUCUUGAAGCCGCUUUUCCUUCGGGGAAUUUUUAAAAAUUAUUUUAUCCACAUGUAAUUGUUUUUUGUUGUUACAUGUAUUGUUUGAAAUUAGAAAUAAAUCAUCAUAUGUA